GCUGGGUCAAUGUCACUGGCCUGACGUCCUGGUGAGUUACACUAGCCCAGCCGGCUGCCUGAGGAAAGGGGUGGAAAGAGUCACAGACCCAGAGCAGGACCGGUGGUGUUUGCCAAGCUGCCUGGGAGAGGCCCUGCGAAGAGGGCCAUAUGGCCAGCCUGGGGAAAUACGGAGUCACACCCAGGAUGUAACUCCAAUCGCUGGGGAUAUGAGCAGCAGCUGUUCGUCCCUGGAACCAUCUGGGCGAGGAAGGACUGUCAGGGGUGGGGUGUGCGUGUGUAAAACUAGAAAUGGGGAAGUCUCGUCUAGAGAUCAGUGCAGGCAGCACAAAAGAAGGGUUUAGGGCUCAGGACUCCUGGGUUCCGUGAAGGAGAAUCCUGUACCCUGUUGGAACUGCAUUUUAGGGUGGCAGGAAGGAACCACCCCAGCUGGAAUUCACCCAGGGAGGUGGAUGGUUCGCACCCAUGCGCUGGACAGGUGAUCAAAGGUGUUUCCCUACCUGUAAGCUCACUGGAUGCUGGGAUUUCAUGCAGAGACGCGAACCCACCAGUAGACUGUGCUCUCGCUCAACAGAGCCCUGUAUAAAUACCUCCACGACGUGGCACUGGGUUCAGUUACCGAAGGGACGAGGUUCGCUGUGAACAGAAAGAUCGCAUGUCCCCUGUCUCUGGCUCGCUCAGCAUGGCUUUUUUGACCUAUGACCAACAACGUAUGAUCGCCAGGGGGAUGAAGUCUCUGGUGUCUCUGGCCGACAAGCUGAGCUCUUCCAGUGAAAAACCACGUGAUCAGGAGAUACAGAAAGAUGCCCACCGCGCCUGGGAGGAAAUGAAAGCUGUGGAGAGCCAGCUGGAAAUCCAGAAGCAAACCACUGAUUCCCAGUACGUGGGCCUGAUGGACAAGAAAUCAGAUCUGAACAAUGAAAUGAAUAAAAGAAAAUUAAGCCAGGAUCUAUUACAAAUCCAGCGGAAAUAUCAUGAGAAAACCAAUGAGCAUGCCCAAGAAAUGGUGACAAGAGCACGGAAGCACCUGAGCAAGCUCUCUGAGUUGCAGGAGAAGGUGAGGCAAGAGGAGAAGUGGCAUAAAAUUGCAAGGAAUAUCGCCCUGCUGUUCAUGCCUCUUUCCACUCUCAUGGCCGGCAUCGUGUCCGCCAUUUUCCAGACCUCUCUGUACAGUGGUCAGAGAGCAGACCAGGAGCUGCAAAAAGCCAUCGACCGCUAUGAAACCAAAGUCUCCGAAUACGAACAAAAGAUUUGCAAAUGCGACAGCGAGAAGGAAGAAACUGAGCUGAAGAUCAAGGACGAUGAGAUAAAAAUUGAAGAGAUCAAGGGGAAACUUUCAGAACUGGAGAAUGUAAUGGCAAAGCAGGAGCAGUUUCUCCGCAGCCUGGGUCUGCUGGUUGGUGAUUUAGAGGUACUUGAGACAAAGUUGGAGCCUGACGCUGACUAUGAAAGUGCCUGGGAAGUUCUGAAAAAGAAAGUGGUGAUAAGCCUGGAAGGGGACCAGGGCUUGUUGAACUUCCUGGAUGGACAGGAAAUAAGGGGCUUUGUCAGGAGUCUAAAAGACAUCAUUCAGUCAAGGGCUGACAUCUAGAUCAAGGAUUUCAGAGCUGAGCUGGACCCAGUGCAGAGGAGAAUGUGACUUUCUAGUUUACAAUGUGGUGACAGAUAACAGACUCCAGCCCUGGCUCCAUUAACUUCAGUGGGGUCACUCUGUAUUUAUACUGGGGUAACAGAUCAGAAUUAAGCCAUGGGGUUGCACCGGAUUUAUACUGGAGUAAACUGAACAUCAGAGGUGUGGGGAAGUGAGUGGAAGGGUGUCAAAUGGUGGGAAUGUGACCCAAUAA